CAGCAAAACACCCACCGUAAACACAAGAGAGACCUGUCACAGAUGGGAAUAUGGACUUGUAUUAGUCAUUUACAUCGGGAAAACUUGCUGAAUUGGAGUAACAGUGUUGUUUUCUGAGACAUGGGGACAAACAACCAAGAUGUGGCAUGUUAUUUGGUUACAAAGCACUCCGCUUGGAAGGGCAAGUACAAACGCAUCUUUAGCGUUGGCAAUGCAGGGAUUACCACCUAUAACCCUGGUAGCAUGGAAGUUACCAACCAGUGGUAUUACCAUGACUUUAUCAACAUAACACCAGCCUUGAAGGGCGUGGGUCAGGUCCCAAAUGAAUUCAUCAUAACUAUGAGGAAGGGCAAGAAAGUGGACAACAUGCGCUUCUCAUCAGAACAUCGAACAGAUAUAAUAUCAGAAGCCUUAAUAUUCAGACACAGCUUUGCAGAGGGAAUUGUAGAUAACUUGCGAGCCAAUGCCCAGAAGGUCCACUGGUCAGAUGCGCGACAUCCCGUCAUUCUGGAGGUCACUCCCUGCUCUGUUGAACAGCUUGAUGCUACAACCGGUGCUCCUCUUGCAUCCUACAUGUUCAAGGAUAUAGAGGCCCUUGUACCAGUCACGGGCCUUCCUGGAGGGUUGUGCAUUCAGAAGAUAGAGACGGUGGAAAAAUGUUUACAAACAGGAGCCAAACACAUGGAGGCUUACUACGAAGCAUACCUCGAGAAACAUGUGGAUGAAUGGUUUGCUUUGCAACAUUGGCGUUCUCGAAUGAAGAAGGAAAAGUCAGUUGAGGAGAAAUUCAGAGAGCGACCACUAGUGCUGCGCAAAAGAAGAGAAAAGUUAAAGGCAACAGCAAAUUGGCCUUUAUUCUAUUACAAAUUCAACAGGGAUCAUGCUCUUCCCAAUUUGAUUUGGAAUUACAAAACACGAGAGGAAUUGCGUGUAGCCUUGGAAGCAGAAAUGCGUGCCUUCAAUGAGGAUCGUGAUGUUCGAGGAAACAUGGUUAUUGCAUGGAACCACCUGGAGUUUGAAGUUAGCUACCCAUCACUGAAAGAUGAGAUUAAGAUUGGUGACUAUUAUCUGAGAAUCUUACUGGAGCAGGAAAAUAGCACUUCACCUGAGGAUUCUCCCAUUAGAAGAUCAUAUGAGUUUUUCAAUGACCUGUACCAUCGCUUCUUGUUAACACCAAAAGUGACCAUGAAGUGCCUGUGUUUGCAAGCCAUGGCCCUUGUUUAUGGACUACAUCACAGUGAUAUUGGUCCUUUUAAUGAUACACGCUACAUUGUUACCAUGCUGUCACGCACUUGUGAUAAAUUAGAGAGAGAUAGAUUACUCCUUUUCCUAAAUAAGCUGAUUCUUGAGAAGGCCAAUGUCCGGGAGGUAGUGGAAGCUGGUGGAGUGCGCAUCCUCUCUGAUCUCCUAACUCUCGCCCACCUUCACGUUAGUCGUGCUGUGAUGCCCACCCAGUCAAAUGUGAUUGAAGCUUCCCCAGAUAUGGCCAGAGACACAGAGAAGGAAUGGUACUAUCAGGGCACCAACAAAGAGCGUGCUGGCCCCUUCAGCUUCAAGGAACUGAAGGACUUCUGGGCAGAUGGCACACUCUCUUUGAAGACUCUAUGCUGGGCACAAGGCAUGGACGGUUGGCAUCCACUAACUAACAUUCCUCAGUUGAAGUGGUCGUUGGCUGCUACGGGUAAUGCAGUAAUGACAGAAAGUGACUUAGCCACCCUCAUCCUGAAUAUGCUCAUCACCAUGUGUAGAUACUUCCCUUCACGAACAGAGGAUGGAGCUGUGAUAAGACCUCUUCCACGCAUCAAGAACUUACUGUCUACUCCUCUCUCUUUGCCACACAUUGUUCAGUUGCUGCUCACAUUUGAUCCAAUAUUAGUGGAGAAGGUGGCAACUCUUCUAGUAGAGAUUAUACAAGACAAUCCUCAUCUGUCCACUAUUUAUACAACAGGAGUCUUCUUCUUCAUUCUUAUGUACAUGGGAUCCAAUGUGUUGCCCAUUGGACGCUUUCUUCACAUGUCUCACAUGCAACAGGCUUUCAGAGCUGAAGAGAACCUGGGUGGUGAUAUUAUGCAGCAGAGCAUACUUGGUCAGAUCCUACCUGAGGCCAUGGUGUGCUACCUGGAAAACUAUGGUCCAGACAAGUUUGCUGAGAUAUUCCUAGGAGAAUUUGAUACACCAGAGGUAAUAUGGAGUAAUGAAAUGCGAAGACUAAUGAUUGAGAAGCUUGCUUCUCACCUGGCUGACUUCACUCCAAGAUUAAUGAGCAAUAAUCGGGCUCUGUACCAGUACUGCUCCAUUCCUCAUAUCACUUACCCACAGCUUCAGUACGAACUUUUCUGUGACAUUUAUUACCUGAAGCACCUGUGUGAUAUUGAGCGCUUCCCAGACUGGCCAAUUAAAGACCCUGUUGCACUUCUGAAGCGAGUCUUAGCAGCCUGGAGAAGUGAAGUGGAAAAACAGCCAUCAACUUUGAGCGUAGAAGAUGCCUACACAGAAUUAGGCCUAGAGCAAGAUACACGUCAUGAUGAUGCCAAAAUACGCAAAGCCUACUUUAGGCUGGCCCAGAAGUACCAUCCAGACAAGAAUCCUGAUGGACGGGAUAAAUUUGAACGUGUGAAUAGAGCAUACGAGUUUCUGUGCAGUCGAUCAGCACAUUCUGUGGAUGGUCCUGAUCCCAAAAAUAUUUUGUUAAUCAUUAGAACACAGAGCAUCCUCUUCUCAAGAUAUAAGGAUGUGUUGGCGCCUUACAAGUAUGCGGGCUACCCAAUGCUAAUCAAGACCAUCCAGCUAGAGGCUGAUGAUGAGCAGCUCUUCAGCAAAGAAACAUCCCUCCUAGCAGCAGCUGCAGAAUUGACUUACCACACCAUUAAUUGCUCUGCUCUGAAUGCAGAAGAGCUGAGAAGAGAGAGGGGAUUAGAGGUGCUUCAAGGUGCAUACAACCGCUGUGUAAAUGUGCUAAAUGCUAGCAGCAAACCUGGUGAUGUUGCAGUACAAGUUUGUAUCAAUAUUGCGCGUUGUUAUACAGCUGCCGCAUCCUUCCCCAUGUGUCGCGAGAAGCUCAUCGAAAUGUCUCACUUUAUCAAGGACCUGUGCCACACACUCUAUUUCAAGGUGUGGAGAUGCAAUGCAUUGGUCACUUCAAGCUACUGUUUUCCUUGUUACGCCUUGAAGGAUGUGUCUCUGUACAGCAGUGUGUGUUGGCUGUAGUGGAGGGUGUCACUGGCAAUGCAGACUGUGUUAGUGAUAUUGCAGCAUCAGAGGUGUUGGUGUACCUGAUGUUGGCCUUACACUCACCUUCCCUCAUCCCAGACCGCAUGACAGCUCUCAACAUACUGCAUGCACUCAUGUCAAACACCAAGAUUGUGAAGGAAGCAUUAAACAAAGGAGCUGUCAUGUACCUUCUGAAUAUAUUCUGCUCCUCGGAUGAUUCAGAAGUGCGCGAAAAAACAGCAGAACUCAUGGGCAAGAUGACAUGCGAUAAGCUGGUGGGGCCUCGUGUAAGACUGAUUCUGAACAAGAUCCUUCCCUCUGCUCUAGUAGACCAGAUGAGGGACUCGCCAUCCACUGCAGUCCACAUGUAUGAAGCGCAACAUGAAAACCCAGAACUAAUCUGGACUGACGACUCAAGGGUCAGAGUGACAGAGACUGUUUCAAGAUUAGUGGAAGAGAUUCACUUGCAACAAAAGGAAGAUCCAAAUGCUGUAUGGAAGUUUCCAGAGGAAAUCACUUUAUCCUCAACCUCGGGAGAGGUGGUGGUGGGUGGUGUAUACUUGCGACUCUUGGUUGCAAAUCCUUCCUGGGUUCUGCGGAAGCCAAAGCAGUUUACAUCAGAUCUCUUUGAUACACUCUUGGAUCUUCUUGCAAAGGGAGGCAAUGAUGCUGAGACCCUUGAGCUAGUUGUGAACACAGUGGUUUCAGUAUUAACUGCUCAGCGUAAUCUCUUGGAGUACCUACCACAGUUGGGUCACAUUCCCAGGCUUGUGUCUCAUCUUUCUUCGAAAAAUCUGACAGUGGCUAGAGCGGCUACUCUUGCUACACAUCAGUUUACACACAAUCAGGUGUGUGGCAAUAUUCUUGAGGGCACUGAAGUCGUGGCAGGAUUAGUGUCGGCAAUGAAGUUACGUCCUGACAUUGUGGGUGUGGCAUGUGAAGCCUUACACAAUCUUUUCUCAGGAAGUGGGUUAUCAGGAACAGCCCUUGUAGAACAGGGACUUCGGGCUAAUGUCAUACCUUUUCUCUUGUCUCUUCUUGAUGCUAAACUACAGGUCCAAAAUCCAGCAUCCACUAAAGCUCAGAUUGUUACUUGCCUCAAAACCAUGGCAGCCUCACCACAACAUUCUGAAGAGGUUGUGGCACUCCUAGAGAAGUCUCCAGUGUGGGCGCAGUACAGAGACCAGAAGCAUGACCUGUUCUUAGACUCUGCACCAGUGGCUGGGUACUUGACAGCUGGUACGCCAGGUGUGGCUGGAUUCCUCACUCAGGGCAAUGCCAGGGUCAUGUCCUCCACACCCCCUUCAGUCAACAACACCCGCAGACAGCCGGAGCUACCUUGAAUAAAACUCAGCAUACCAAAUAGAAAUUUUUGAUUUUUUAUGUUAGGGUCUAGAUUUCAGAGAUCUUAUUUUCACAAGCAGCAUUGUCCAUGGAUGGAUAUUUAGAAAACUGACCUUCUUGAUGUAAGUGACAAAUUGCCAUAGAAUAUUUGUGCGGAAGCUUGCUUUGUCAUAUUGUUUUAAUACAGUGCUCAUCUGCAGUAUUUGAAUACUGGAUUUAUGGAUCUCCACAGC